ACAAGUUCACAAUGUGGAAAAUUAUCGUGUCUCUGUCACUGUGCAUUUGUGUAAAAAUAAGCUGUGCAAAGUUAAAAUGUGAUGUCAAAGAAAUUAUAGAUAUACAAACAAAAAAAAUCUUGCCUGAUAAAGAUGACUUCUGCAAAGAUAAAAUUUGUGUUUUUCGUUUGUGUGUAAAGUCUAACUCUAUGCUAGUUAACGCAGUAUGUACGACUUACGAUGACGUUAGUAAGAAGUUAAACAUGACAGUGAAUCCAUUCCCAUGGAAUAAAAUACACGAUUUAACAAAAACCCCGUCGAAUGAAAUUAAAUCUAACAUCAGUUAUAUCCGAAUCAAAAAUUUUAACAAGUUGAUAAAGGACAAAUGUGUGACGGAUUUUUUUGUUGAUCCUGCACAUCUGUUGGAGGACGGAUCAGUGUUAAUUGGAGAUGACCGAAUAGAACCUGGCAACUUCAUCGUAGAAUACAAAACAUCACAGCGAAAAGACGGGACAUGGACGGAGCCCAUGCUGAAGGUCAGAAAACUAACAGGAGAAGAAGAAGACGAAGACUUCACGUCAAAAUUGUGUAAAGCCAUAGUAAUUAUAAUAUCCUGCUUCUUCAUGGCCCUGGUCAUAGUAAUAUAUUCAAUGUUCAAGAAGCUCCGUAGCUCGCAAUAUGGAAAAAUACUACUGGCUUAUGUAGCAUGUUUGACAGCAACCUUUUCGCUGAAGGCCGUCCAGAUAUUGAUGCUUAAAACUUUUACAAGCACCGCAUGUAAAAUUUUCAGCGAGGGGCUUUUAUACGCGUUUUUGGCCUGUUUUUUUUGGUCGAACGUGAUGUCCUAUAAAGUUUGGAGAGCUGUAAGGUCCAAUUAUCAGCAAGUGACAACACAGCCGCACAAAUUUCUCCAGGCUUGUCUAUAUGGAUUCGGCAUGCCUUUACUCAUGCUAGUCGGUGCCGUGCUCAUUGAAGAAUUAAACCCUAAAUUUAUCAAAAUAAAACCGAAAUUCUAUGACUGCAUGCUUUCAGAAAACGCUACAUUAUAUUAUCUGUACGUUCCCAUUACGAUAAUGUCAUGUAUCAACGUGAUAUUCUAUUUGAUGACGCUUUAUUCUCUUUAUAUGAAAAAAAAGGACAGCAAUAACACUUUUUCCGGUCCAGAGAGCAAGAAUACGAAGCAAAAUAAAAACAUGUAUAUUAUUUAUGCUAAGCUCUCACUGUUGACCGGCCUCAACUGGAUCGUGGACGUUAUUGGGGCGUAUGUGGAUUUUUCCAGAACCAUGGAUCUUAUUUUGGAUUUCAGUAACAUCAUUUUAGGGAUCAUACUUUUCAUUACCUGCGUAUGCCAAAAGAGUGUUCUGAGACUACUUUGUAAGAGGUUUAAUAUCAGCAUUCGUUGCCUGAAGUCCCAGGCGCAGGAAUCUUCAAUGGAUAGCACUAACAUAAGAAAAUCUAGUAGUCAAAGGAAUAGGCAGGCAUGAAUUUAAGAGCAUGAGCGUUGUUUUAUUUUCAUGACGUGUUAUCUGUAAAUUACUUAUUUAUAAGCAAUCAGUCUGAUCAAUGUAUUAUUAUCAUUUAAUUUUUUACCAUUAAUAUUAAAUUUAACUUGCAAGGCUUAUAAAUUCUGUGUUUACAUGAAUUAAUCACUUAAAAUUAAGUUAAAAAGUUGCCUACCUACUUAACAAAUACCUUAAUCAUUUGUAAGUGAGAUAUGGAAAUAAUAAUGUAGAUUUAUUCAUAAUAAAGUAGAAUAUUAGGUAAAAUAAUAUCUUAUUUUUCUGUCUCUACCCUACACUAAUGCUGUAAACGCAGCAUUAUUUUAAGGCGAGCACACGUCAUGCUACUUUUUCGGCGAUUAUGUAGUCGCAUUAUUUUCAUUGUGUUCUAUUAUUAAAUAUUAUUACCUAGGUAUCAUUAAGUACUUUUCAUUGUGUUCGAUCAACUUGGGGGUGGAGUGGUGGAACACUGGUGACCUGGAGUACGAGUUUUUUCCUACCUUUAUCAGACACCAGCUCAGAUCAUAGAAGGGAUAUGAUCUGAGCACACAGCUGCAGUCUCGCGCCCCAAGCUAUGUAGAAGUUUGUAGGUACUCAUUAUACCGUAAGACAUUUAACUAUGUGAAAUAAACAAAUGUUAUAGAAUAGUA